ACUUCGGCUACUUAUAUAACAUUUUACAGCCUAGCCGCCCACACAUUCUGGCAUAGAAUUCCGACUUCGGUGGUCGGAACGCAUCCAUUCCAACACGCCGGAGAAUCUCCUCAUGCUAUAAAAGCUCGGCCGGGGCGGAGGAAGGAUGGUAAAGGGCCGGAAACUGGGGCCCAAUCAUCAACGUCUACUGGGGAGUUUAGGAUAUGGUGCUGGGGAAGACAACGGAAAGGAUGCGCCGGAACUAGGUGAAGAAGAUGUAUGGUCGAUGGUCGACGAUAUGGUGGAUCGGGAUGAUCACACGAGGAAUGUUGCGGCCACGGAGUGGGGCUCCCUCGGGGCAGAGAAUAACGGAGACCGUGGUAUUCGACCUCAGCGGUGGAUGGGCAGGGAAGAUCGCGACGACCACGUUGGAGGGCUAUCGCUGGCGUUUAACGACGGCAGAAGUAGGACAAGCCCAUCGCCAAGGAUCGUGCACCAAUUCCGAUCCCAAGAAAACAUGGCAUCCCAGCGUCAUAACAUGGCUGCGUCGGCACCAGUGAACGUUCCUGAUUGGCCGAGGAUCUUCCGCGUGGACUCGGUGGAAUCGAUGCACGACUCCGAUGAUGGGAUAGAAGAUCAUGACGGGGAGAGGAUACCGCCACACGAAUAUUUGGCACGGGAGUAUGCACGGACACGGAAGAUGACGCCCACUUCGGUUUUUGAGGGAGCGGGUCGAACCCUCAAGGGACGGGAUAUGAGCCGGGUUCGGGAUGCAGUGUGGAGUCAGACCGGUUUCGACGGUUGAGUUGUACAAGUGCUUAAGUUAAAGCCCGUCGUCUGCCUCUGCCAGUUAAAUUUGUGCCUAAUACUAUGUUUUCUAUCAGAAAUUGUUUUCGGUUUGGUUGUUGACUUUUUGUCGGGCGAUGAUUCGGACGGACGGACGAGUGAACUCACUGUAAAGUAGUUGCUCCACGAACAAGCGAUUGAGCCCAAGCAAAAUGUCAAAUGGUGGCCCGAUGGGUCUGUGGUUCACGACAUUCUCUUCCAUUUUCCCUGCCUACUUCCUCUCAUCUGUACCUUAGCCUCUUAGGGUUGGAAACUGUAUUUAAUCAAUAUUUGUUAAUAUGGUAUUAAUUAGCAAGGACGUAGGAUUCCUCUUGUA